GUAAGCAUGAUGCGAGCGUCAUGGAUGUGAGAGAUAAUCGCAGAUGAUCGCAACGUGUAUGCGUGCCUGGUGACUGACAGGUGAUAGACGAUGGUGCGUGAUUGAAGCAAAUGUGGAAAAAGGGGAGCGAAGAAUGACCGAGAAUCUUGAGUUUGGAGCGCGCGAUUCGACUGCGUUCGACGUGUCCAGAGGUAGCGUUCGCUCAGAUAAAAUCGAAUGACAGUGCACCUAGAUAAGGAUACAAAAGCAUCUUCACAGACAGCCGAUAAUUUAAUUAGCCGAUUAUGUAAUUUGUAAUUGUCUCUUUCAUUCCGAGGACACAUAACAAUGUGUAAGAAAGGAAGUGCAAACUCGUGACGAAAAACGUAACGUCGACUGGUUAACGUAACGUUACCAUUUUUUGUUCUCUCCCCGUUUCUUUCUACAUUGUCCCCGCAGUCUAUUGAUCGCACAAAUGUUUCGGAGGUGCAAUCUCGUCAGGCAACUUCGUGGUGCGUCGACGGAGGCUGCUGCAGUCGCGGAGACGCCGUCUCGGUUGCAGCGGCUCAGAGCAAAGUUGCAUGACGAUGAGCAGCAGGGGAUACUCACGGACACGUUUGGACGUAAGCACACGUAUCUCAGGAUUUCCCUUACGGAGCGUUGCAACCUUCGCUGUACAUAUUGCAUGCCUGCGGAGGGCGUCAAAUUGACGAAGAAAGAAGGUAUUCUAAAAACGGAGGAGAUAAUACAAAUAGCUGAUCUUUUUGUCAAAGAAGGUGUGCGCAAAAUACGUUUGACCGGCGGCGAGCCCACAGUUCGUAAGGACGUCAUUGACAUCGUCGGACAACUGAAGCAACUGAGAGAUCUGGAGCAGGUUGCGAUCACAACUAAUGGGUUGACUUUGACACGUCAAUUGCCAGCUCUUCAACGAGCGGGAUUGGAUGCGCUCAACAUAUCGUUAGACACUUUCAAAGAGGAGCGUUUUGAGUUGUUUACUCGCAGGAAGGGCUGGGCAAGAGUUGUGGCUUCCAUAGAUCUUGCUGUUCAGCUUGGUUAUAAUCCCGUGAAGGUCAACUGCGUGAUAAUGCGAGGACGCAACGACGAUGAAAUAAUUGAUUUUAUCAAUUUCACGAGAGACCGGCCUAUCGAUGUACGUUUCAUAGAGUAUAUGCCGUUUCAAGGAAACGAAUGGAAGGAAAAUAAGAUGGUUCCCUUCGACGAGAUGAAAACAAUAAUCCGAGAGAAAUAUCCUGAUUUCCGAGCUCUGCCAAAUCAGCCCAACGACACGUCCAAGGCCUAUCACGUGCCAGGAUUCGUGGGGCAGGUCGGGUUCAUUACAUCCAUGAGUCAACAUUUCUGCGAUUCGUGUAAUCGCUUAAGAAUAACGGCGGACGGAAAUUUGAAGGUAUGCCUGUUUGAAGGAAAAGGCGAAGUCUCACUUCGAGACGCCUUACGAAAUGGAGCUUCGGAAGAUGCGCUUAAGGAUUUGAUAAGAGGAGCGGUAUCGCGAAAAAAGAAGCAACACGCAGGGAUGUUCAAUCUUACACAGAUGGAAAAUAGGCCAAUGAUUCUGAUUGGAGCAAAUCGUAAGAAGAAACUUUCUUGCAAAAUGAGUAACAUCAUGUCGAUGCGGUACAAAUAUUUCCCAUAUAUUCCAACCUAUUUUAAAAGUAAUUCAAGUAUUAGAAUGUAUUCAUCAUUAUCGCACAUAGAUGAAACUGGUAAAGCAAGUAUGGUGGAUGUUGGGUGGAAAAACGACAGUAAACGUGUAGCAACAGCAAAGGGAUUCGUGAAGAUAGGUCCUAUUAUCAGUAAUCUGAUCGCGGAAAACAAUGUAAAGAAGGGUGAUGUGUUAUCGGUGGCCCAAUUGGCCGGUAUUAUGGCAGCGAAACGUACCUCUGACCUCAUACCGCUGUGUCAUCCGCUCUCUUUGUCUUAUGUAAACGUACGUUUAAGAUUGAACGAAGAAUCGCACGAAGUCGAAAUCACAUCGGAGGUCAGAUGUACCGGCAAGACCGGCGUCGAAAUGGAAGCUUUAACCGCUGUAAGUAUAGCGGCUCUCACGAUCUAUGAUAUGUGCAAGUACGCGGCCAAUCCUGGCACAAUGCAAAUUUACGGUAUAGAAUUGGUGUCGAAAACGGGCGGUACGAAGGGUGAUUUUGUGAUAGAUAAAGCGUAGACGAUAUCUUUACCCUGUCGAUUACACGAAUCAUCGACAGGAUAAAGAUUCAUUCUGCCGUGGUUAUAAUUAAAUUAUUAAAUAAUACAGAAUAGAGUACAACAUUCCAAAAGCCUCAAAUAUGUUUGAAGAAAAGAAGUUUGUGAGCUUGUUGAUGUGUUUAGAUUAUUUAGAAUGUCUAUUAUACGUAGAUUUUAUACAUAUUUUACAUGGUAAGAGGGGGGUAAUUAUAUUUUACGCGCAUAAUAAUACAUAGAAUACUUUUAUACACACAUGUGUGUCUAUACAUAUACGUAUAUAUAAAAUAUCAGUGAUAAAAACAUUACUAAAUCCCGCAUAAUAAUUAUCAAUUUUAAUUCAAAAUGGCUGUAUGUCCAGUCUCGUCUACAUAUUUUUGUACUUAUAUACAUAUAUACGCGUAAUUAGUGUAAAGAUAAGCUAUUAUUGGAUUACGCAUAACAAUGAAAACCAUGACCAUUCCAAUAUUUCAACGGGACAUGCAAUAAUCUCUUCCUAAUUUUUUUAUAAGUUAAAGAGACCUUCAUAAAUAACGCAAGGUCUUAAAUGUAAGUGGAAAAAUCUUAGAAAAACGAUUAAUAUAAUGAUAAUUAGAUCAGAAGUUAUGAAUUAGGUCAUUAAGGGUGUGUUAAUGUUUGUGUACUAAGUUUAAACGAAUAUGUAUGCAUUUGUUUAAACGAAAAGGAAAAAAUUUUACUACGAUUAUGUACAAAAUAUUGGUAAAACAUGUAAAGAAUUCGUACGCUUUGUCGUGAAAUUUCUCUCAAAAGGGAAAUUAAAAGCAGAGUGCAAUAACAGGAAAUAACACAACGAUGCUUACAUUGUUGUACCUUCCGACUAGCGCCUUUUAAUAAGCAUUUAAUAUUAUCACGAGGACGAAAGCAUCCGUUGAAGAAAAUAAAAAGAGGGUGGUAAUACGUAAACAGAUUUUGCCAAGAGUUACCCUAUAUUACGGGUCACAAAUAAUUCUGUCAUAUUGUAUUUUUUAAGAAUAUUGUUACGUUGUUGAAAGAUUUUAUCGCAAUAUAUUGUUUAAUAUACAAGA